UUUGAUAGAUUAACAUAGUGUAUCCACAGUGUUUGAUAGAUUAACAGAGUAUACCCACAGUGUUUGAUAGAUUAACAUAGUGUAUCCACAGUGUUUGAUAGAUUAACAUAGUAUACCCACAGUGUUUGAUAGAUUAACAUAGUGUAUCCACAGUGUUUGAUAGAUUAACAUAGUAUACCCACAGUGUUUGAUAGAUUAACAUAGUAUACCCACUCACUCAUACAUACCCAGGCAGGUCCCCUACCCUGGGACAGGUAACCUCUGAGCCCCAGCACCCUGUCCCUGGCCCAAACUCAGAGACAUCAUGCCUUUGACUUCUGGCCUCCCCAUCCUGAGGCCUGCCUUCUAUACUUACUUCGUAAGGUCUUCCACCUCUGGAAUUGACCCCAGGACUUGCCGAUCAUGGGGCUUCCGGUUCUGACGCCGGGUGUCACCCCAGGCCCAGCCUUGUUGACCCAGCUACACAUCUGGAAACCUGGUCCACUGGCUCGGGAUGGGUCAGCCAGCAGCAGACGUUAGUUAUUCAGUGCCUAACUCCACAAACCUUGCGGAGUGAGAGGUUGUGUUUAUCGGAUCCAAAGGUUCUUCGGAAGUCAAGGGUGAACUUUCAAAUUUGGCGAUUACAGCCACGUAAUGACAAGUUUAUCGUCACAUGGACAAAUACACAUGUGCACAGAUACAAUGAAAAACUUCCUUGCAGCAGUUUCACAGGCACACGCUUCAGAUACACAAUGGUCACAGGAAAAUCAUAAACAUGCACUGUACACAAUGAAACAAGCAAGAAGAACAAAAAUGUCCAGUUUAGUGCAAAGUGGUCACAGAUUAUAUGUCCAAGUGUGUGUGUGUCUGUGUGUGUGUGCACGUGUCUUUGUCCGUGUGUGUGUGUAUGCGCUCGUGUGUGUGUCUGUGUGUGUGUCUCUGUCUGUGCCUGUGUGUGUGUGUGUGUGUGUGUGUGUGUGUGUGUGUGUGUGUGUGUGUGUGUGUGUGUGUGUGCACGUGUCUUUGUCCGUGUGUGUGUGUAUGCGCUCGUGUGCGUGUCUGUGUGUGUGUCUCUGUCUGUGCCUGUGUGUGUGUGUGUGUGUGUGUGUGUGUGUGUGUGUGUGUGUGUCUGUGUGUGUGUGCACGUGUCUUUGUCCGUGUGUGUGUGUAUGCGCUCGUGUGCGUGUCUGUGUGUGUGUCUCUGUCUGUGCCUGUGUGUGUGUGUGUGUGUGUGUGUGUGUGUGUGUGUGUGUGUGUCUGUGUGUGUGUGUGCACGUGUCUUUGUCCGUGUGUGUGUGUAUGCGCUCGUGUGCGUGUCUGUGUGUGUGUCUCUGUCUGUGCCUGUGUGUGUGUGUGUGUGUGUGUGUGUGUGUGUGUGUGUGUGUGUGUGUGUGUGUCUGUGUCUCCAUGUGUGUGUGAGUGUGUCUGUCAGUCUGUCUGUAGACUGUCAGUAUAAUAUACAAGUGAAAGAGUGGCCAAAGCAGCCAUUACAAAGGCGUGUUACGGUAAGACACUUCAGUUGCUUUCACACCAUCAACCAGUAUUUUAUUGAAAGUCUUCUGCUUUCUUGUCACUUCCAGCCUUAGGCUGACUCCUGGCCUGUAGUUUAAGUAAUGAAGCAGGUUUACCAUGGCAACAGAUAGUUAGUUUUCCCCACGCAUUGUGCUCUUUUCUAUUGCAUUUUGACUGACAUCAACUGAAAAGUGAAGGAGAUUUUCCCAUGUCAGAGCAAAUCACUCCAGAUUGUAAACGUGGGGGUGGGGGAAGAGGGCUGCAUCUCAUCUCGUUAACAAGGCAUUUUUGCCCACAGAACUGCCACUCACUGGAUGAUUUUUGUUUCUCACACCUUUCUCUGUAAACUCUAGAGACUGUUGUGCAUGAAAAUCCCAGGCAAUCAGGUACAGGUGUGUUUCUGAGAUACCAACUAUAUUCCAUGAUCAAAGUCACUUAGGUCACAUUUCUUACCCCAUUCUGAUGUUUGGUCUGAACAACAACUGAACCUCUUGAACAUGUCUGCAUGCUUUUAUGCAUUGAGUUGCUGCCACGUGAUUGGAUACAGUACAAGUGUACCUAAAAAAGUGGCCACUGAUUGUGUGUACAUGAAAAUUCUUCUAUUUUGCAAAGUUUAAAAGUAUAAAUUAAACUAUCAAAUUCAAUUAAUGUAAACUAUACAAGUUGCAUCACUGUAUGGUACGGAAACUGCACUAUGGUGGACAGGAAGUCAUACAAUCAGUGUAUGUAUAUAACAAUUACUUGUACAUUGUGUUUUAUAGGAUUGAUUUUAGAUUGAUAUUUAUAGUAUUUUUCAAAUGUUUAAAGCAAAUUUAUUAUCAGUGUACAAAUAUGUCACCAUAUGCAACCCUGAGAUUCAUUUUCUUGCAGACAUACUCAGUAAAUCCAAGAAACACAAUAGAAUCAAUGAAAUUCAACACACAAAGACGGGCAAACAACCAAUGUGCAAAGAAUGAUAAGUUGUGCAAAUACAAAAGUAAAACAAAAUUACAAUAAUAAAUAAAUAAUAAAUAACAUUUGAGAACACGAGCUGUGGAGUUUUCAUUGUGUUUGUUAUGCUAGAGCAACAAUCAUUUUGUUCUCCUAUACACCCAUCACUGAAGAAUGCCAAUAAACAAUCUUCAAGUUCAAGUUCAGCUUGUUGCUACUCGACUGCACACAUGUAUAUUGCCUAAUGGAAGAACGUUCCUCCAGACCAAAGUGCACAACACAGUUCAUAAACAAAGUACUAAGUUCAAAGCACAUGUGGGUAUACAACCCUGAGAUCUGUCUCCUUACAGGGAGCCACAAAAUAAAGAAACCCUUCAGAAGCCAUUGAAAAAACAGAUUGUCAAACACGCAAUGUGCAAAAAGUACAAAUCAUGUAAACGAUAUAAGCAAGUAAUCAACAAGUUCACAGCUACAAAGCCAGCCAUCACUGCAGCUGGUCCAGUUACAGGCCACAGCCUCAGUUCAGCGUAAAUCUCGCAGAGUAGCGAGGUGAACUGGCCCGUUUCUCGCCUCUGGCCCUGACACCCUGACCUUUUCAAUAUAACUCACACACAACACAUAAAGUGUGAUUACCACAAAUAAGUUAACAAAUAAUAAAGUAUAUUCCAGAAGACUGAUGUUUAACGUAAGGUGCAUUUAUGACACAAGUUAGAAAAUGAACAGUAUAAUGCUACUGGCACUUAUUGCAUGAUGAGACCUGCGUGUUGGCGGGGAGUUGAUGGUCUGGGGGAAGAAGCUGCUUCCCAUCCUGACGUUUCCUGCCCUCAUGCUAUGAUACCUCUUGCCUGAUGGUGGGGGGGAGCAAAGAGAUUAUUGGACAGACGUGAGGAAUCCUUGAUAAUAUUAAUCUUGGAUCUUAAGGAAUUAAUUCCAAUGGAGUCGGUGUUGAUGUGAAACUGAACGUGAUCACUUUCAGCUCUAACACACACAGGCAGCUGAAUAGGGCCUCUGCUGUUUGUACGUGAUUUCAGUUUCAAUGAUUCCCAUUUAAAGUUAAUUACAAUAUAUAAUGUUACCAGGAAAGCUGCUGGAGGGAACUCAGUAACUGGAUAAAAGAACACUUGACAUUCUGUUGUUUGCUUACAGCUCUGAGUCAGUGACUUUCCUAUUAAGCAGCGGUAGGUGCAGUAGUUUUAGCCCUGCUCUUCCCUGAACACAAAAUGAAUGUCUCCAACCUUUAUAUACUCCUGCUCUUCCUGAAAUCACCUGCAACCUAUGGGCAGUUGCGAAUUGUUGGUGGGUAUUCAGUACUGCCUCACUCCAUCAGGUACCAGGUGUCUCUGAAAAGACCGGGAGGAAUUCAUUAUUGUGGAGGCUCUUUGAUUCAUCGCCGAUGGGUUGUGACUGCCGCACACUGCAAAGUUGGAGGGACUGAGUCUGUACAGAUAGUUGCAGGGGAGCACUCGAUCACCAGAUAUGAAGGGACCGAACAAACGUUUUGCCCAUCUAAGAUGAUUCCACAUCCUCGGUAUGAUCCAGAGAGCAAAGAUUCUGACAUCAUGUUGAUUAAGCUGUCUCGACCCGCCAGGUUGAACUACUUUGUGGGUAUUGUACCCUUGCCCCGCCGAAGAUCGAGUCUGCAGGCAGACACAUUAUGCCAAGUAUCAGGAUGGGGUUUCGUCAGUCCGAAUGGGAAGUUCAUACCCAGGAUGCUGAGAGCAGUUAGACUGCCCAUCGUGUCCAAUUCACGGUGUAACCACACUGAUUCAUACAACGGCAACAUCACAGCCAACAUGAUCUGCGCUGGAUUCAAAAUGGGAGGCAAGGAUUCCUGCCAGGGGGAUUCUGGUGGUCCUUUGGUCUGUAAGGGCAGAAUAUACGGGAUAGUAUCAUGGGGCAAGCAUUGCGGAGACAGGAGAUACCCUGGGGUAUAUACAGCUGUGGCAAAGUUCCGUGACUGGAUUAUCAGAACCAUCAACAGAUCAUAAAUUAAUUUGUACCCCUCUUGUCAAUUUUGUUAAAUUUCUUCCCAUUCUGGCUGACAAAAUAUUUACACAAUUAACUGCUCAAAUAAGACCAAGAUUAUUAUAUAAGAAUAUUGUUUAAUGCCAUUUCCAGUACACAAGUGUAAAUAAUCGUUACUCCAGAUCUGAUGCAGCACAAAAAACCACAACAAGAUAAAUACCACAAUAAUAAUAAAAAUACAAUCACUAUAAAUACUUAAGAUAGCUUCUAUACAGAGAUUGAUUGUAUGUCCAUAAAGUGACGCUAGGCACAGGAGUGUCUGUACAUUAGAUGAACAGGAAAUAGUGGUGGAGGGGUGGGAUAGAGGGUGAAGACAGAACAGACAUAGGAGCAGAAUUAAGGCCACUUGGCCCAUCAAGGCUGCUCCACCUUUCCAUCAUGGCUGUUUUAUUAUCCCUCUCAACUCAUUCUUCUGCCUGUAACCUUUGAAACCCUGCUAUUAACUUCGGCUUUACUCGGCCUCCAUAGCUGCCUGUGGCAAUGAAUUCUGCAGAUUCGCUUCCUCCUCAUCUCUGUCCUAAGGCUCUAUUCUGAGACUGCUCCCUCUGGUCUUGGUCUCCCUGCUACAGGAAACAUCUUCCCCUCUGCCUGGGCCCUUCAACACUCGGUGGGUUCCAAUGACAUCAACCCCAUUCAUCCAAACUCCAGUGAGUUCAGGCCCAGAGCCAUCAAAACCUCCAGAUACGUUAACCCUUUCAUUCCCAGAAUCAUUCUUGCAGACCUCCUCUGGACCCUCCCCAAUGCCACCACAUCCUUUCUGAUACAGGGCCCAAAACUGCUCACAAUACUCCAAACGUAAGCUGAACAAAAGCUUAUAAAGCCACAACAUUAUGUCAGUUUGCCUCAGAUUGAAAGUACCAUAUUAUUAUAGAUUGAUUCAAGGUGGAGGAAUCCAUUUCAGCCUUUUGGAUUCGAGACAGAUCCUUGUUGAAACCAUCCAGGCAGCUGUACUGCCUCUUGAGACUGAAAUGGUGUCAAUAGUUGGAAAGUUUUAUUCAAGUCAUGUGCGGUGGUACCCAUUAACAUGCCACAACUGAAAAUACGCAUUUGUGGAAAAAGGAUUCUGAAUAUUAAUGAUUCAAAGCAGAAUUAAUUGAAAUUAAACUGGAGGUAGCAGAUUUACUUUUGACUGAGAAAGUCACAUCAAUUGUCUUGACAUUGCUGAAGUUUCAUUUAGUUAUGGAGCUUAUGUUGUAUUUCAGGGUGACUUUUGUAUCGAAUUUUGUGAAAAUAAAGUGUCUGUUACAAGCAAGUUUUCUUCAAUUGUUUUGAUAAAACUUUCCUCUUAUUUCAAUUUUUACACAGAAGGGCAUUAAUCUUGACAUAUCUGUAUGUUGUUGGAGUCACAUGAAUCAAAGCUUUGCAUUUGCACUUACAAUCAAUGAACGCUUCAUUAGAUACAGGAUGGACCCCGGUGCGGUCUUCUGCUGCUUUGGCCCAUCCACUUCAACGUGUUGAGCAUUCAGAGAUGCUCUUCUGCACACCACUGUUGUAACGUGUGGUUAUUGAGUUACUGUCGCCUUCCUGUCAGCUCGAACCAGUCUGGCCAUCUCCUCUGGCCUCUCUCAUUGACAAGGCACAUUUGCCCACAGAACUGCCCCUCACCAGAUGAUUUUUGUUUUUCGCACCAUUCUCUGUAAACUCUAGAGACUGUUGUGCGUGAAAAUCCCAGGAGAUCAGCAGUUUCUGAGAUACUCAGAAACCACCCCGUCUGGCACCAGCAAUCCACAGUUAAAGUCACUCAGAUCACAUUUCUUCUCCAUUCUGAUGGCUGGUCUGAACAACAACUGAACCCCUUGACAACAUUUAUGCUUUUAUGUAUUAAAUUGCUGCUGCAUGAUCAGCUGGUUGGAUAUUUUCAUUAACGGGCAGGGAUACAAGGUGUACCUAAUGAAGUGGCCACUGAGUGUAUUUACAUAUUACAAUAUGGGUUGAGUUAGCAUCACAGCACUUAAGUAUUUAUUUAGAGACAAAGCACGUGAAUACAGGCCCUUUGACCCACGCAGACCAUCGGAGUGUGCAAGUGCGCGCAUGGGUGAAAGAUAACAGUUUUGUUUGGCUGUUGUUCUGCAUUGUCGUGUUCUGCCAAGCAUUAUGGGUGAGGUCUGUCGGUGCCAGAGUUUGUGCCAAGACUAGUGGGCUGCCCCGAGUACACCCUACGGUUGUGUUGGCUGUUAACGCAGAAGUUGCAUUUCACUGUAUGUUUCAAUGUAUGUACAUGUGAUCAAUAAAUUGUCUGAAUCUGAAUCAGAAACUUUGCCUUCGACUCUAACUUAUCUUUCCAAGAACUUCAAAUCUCUGGGAAUCCACCCCUUUGAUCCUUCCUCAUGUAUCGAUAUUUCUCCUCAGUUAAUCAAUCAAAUGUUCCUUAUUGAUUUUCUGGGUAUGAUUAGAAUAGGGAAAUGAUAAAAGAUAGACUGGGUGGUUUUGAAAACUCACUUUUGUGAUCUCUACAACUCAUGUUUUCAGUAUUAUUUAUACUGUUUUAUUUUUUUUUUGUGUUCGCAGAGUUUUGACUUCUUUUGCACACUGGUUGUCAGGCAGUCUCUGUCUGUAGUUUUUCACUGAUUCUAUUGUAUUUCUUUGCCCUAUUGUGAAUGUCUGCAAGAAAAUGAAUCUCAGGGUUGUAUAAGGUGACAUGUAUUUAUUUUGAUAAUAAAUUUACUUCAAACAUUGGAUAGAGUUGUAUUAACUUUUCAGAUGGUCAUCCCUCAAUCAAGCAUUAAGAAUCUGAUGAGAAAACAUGGCUUCCCCUGAGUGCAGCCCAUGGAGCCCUCACCCACAUCUCCUCCAUUUGCCACACUUCUGCCCUCACCCUGCCUCUCCCCAGACAGAACCAAGUUCCAAUGUUCCUGAACCUUCUCCCCGUCAGCCUCCACACCCAGUACAUAAUCCCUUGUCAUUUAUCAUCCUUUGUGUGACCGCAGGAAACCACAGAGAGUUGUGGACACAGCUCAGCAUUUCACAAAACCAGCCUCCCUCCGUGGACUCUGUCUACACUUCCUGCCGCCUUGGUAAAGUAGCCAGCAGAAUCAAAGACCCCACCACCCCGGACUUUCUCCCUUCUCCCCUCUCCCGUCAGGCAGAAGAUAUGGAAGGCUGAAAGCAUGCAGCUCCAGACUCGAGUUUCCAGCAUUGACAAGUUCCUAGAUGGAAUGAUGACCUCACAAUCCAUCUUGUCAUGGCCUUGCACCUUAUUGUCCGCCUGUACUGCACUUUCUCUGUAACUGUAACACUUUAUUCUAUAUUCUGCUAUUGUUUUCCCUUGUACUACCUCAAUGCAUUGUUGUAAUAAAUGGAUCUAUACAAAUGGUAUCCAAGACAAGUUUUCCACUGUACCUUGGUGCAAGUGACAAUAAUAAUCCAAUUUACCAUUUAACGACUUCUGCCAUCUUUAAUGAGAUCCCACCACUGGCCACACCUUCCGUUCUCAACAAUGGUGUGAAGGAACGUCAGAAUAGUGUGCGGUUGGAGGGUAAAUUCCAAGU